CUCACCUACUGGCUUACCUACCCACUUCUCACUUUUCCAUUCUUAAUGGUGACUCACUUGUCCUCCCUUCUCAGUCUGAACUCUCCUGUGCCAUUUCACUAGUAUAUCCUUAACUGCCCUGCCUUUAUCUGCUCGCUUACCUGCCUGACCCUCACCUGCCCUGUUCCCUCAAAGUCUCACUUCCCUCCCAGAUGCCCGCUGUCUCUCCAGGGGGCGGAGGUUGGCCUCGCCGGCAGAAGGGAAAAGAACUUCAGUCCAACCCGGAAGGACCCAGGAGUUUUGAUGCAGAAAGGGCGGUGCCAUCAGAAGGUGGCAAUAAAGAGCCGAGACAGGAGACAGACACCGGAACCAAAGAGACGAGACAGAAUGGGCGGGCGAUAUGGAAAGCGGGGUCAAAGAAGAUGAGGGCGGGUUUAGUAACGGGAGUGGGCUAAAGAGGCUCUGUAAAGACGGUGGGAGACUGAGCCGGCUGCGUGCCCUGCCUCCGGAUCUCAACGGAAUUUGGAAAUCCUGAGACCGCUCUUAAACUAGCGUUCAGGAGCGAACGAGGAGAGCCACCGCUCUGGGAAGCUUCUCGCUCGCCCCAUCCCCACCCCGGGGUCCCGGAAGCGGAAGUAACGGACACGGAAGUGGCUUACUGUUGCCGAGGGGACGGGCCAGGCAGAUGCCAACAUGGCAGCGGUGGGGUCCGGCGGUUCCCCCGCGGCGGCCGGGCCAGGGGUGGUCUCUGCAGGGAUGUUGGAGCCUGGGACCACGACUGCGGAGACCAUUCUGAGUUGGAGGCGGGGAGAGAGGGCUGAGGUGGGUGUCCAGGACCUGCCCCACCCAUUUCCUGACACCUCAGCAAGGAUUCCAGCUCACCGGCGCCUCAAAUACAUAUCCCUAGCUGUGCUGGUGGUCCAGAAUGCCUCCCUCAUCCUCAGCAUCCGCUAUGCCCGCACAUUGCCUGGGGACCGCUUCUUUGCCACCACUGCUGUGGUCAUGGCUGAAGUGCUCAAAGGUCUCACUUGCCUGCUGCUGCUCUUCGCACAGAAGAGGGGUAACGUGAAGCACCUGGUUCUUUUCCUCCACGAGGCUGUCCUGGUGCAGUAUGUGGACACACUCAAGCUUGCAGUGCCCUCUCUCAUCUACACCUUGCAGAAUAACCUCCAGUAUGUUGCCAUCUCCAACCUGCCAGCUGCCACUUUCCAGGUCACGUACCAGCUGAAGAUCCUGACCACGGCACUGUUCUCCGUGCUUAUGCUGAACCGCAGCCUUUCCCGGCUGCAGUGGGCCUCCCUGCUGCUCCUCUUCACCGGAGUCGCCAUUGUCCAGGCACAGCAAGCCGGCGGUGGGAGCCCGCGGCCUCUGGAUCAGAACCCUGGGGCGGGCCUAGCAGCUGUCGUGGCGUCCUGUCUGUCCUCGGGAUUUGCAGGUGUCUACUUUGAGAAGAUCCUCAAAGGCAGCUCAGGCUCCGUGUGGCUGCGCAACCUGCAGCUGGGCCUCUUCGGCACAGCCCUGGGCCUGGUGGGGCUCUGGUGGGCCGAGGGCACCGCUGUAGCCCACCGCGGCUUCUUUUUCGGGUACACGCCUGCUGUCUGGGGCGUGGUGCUCAACCAGGCCUUCGGCGGGCUACUGGUGGCUGUUGUCGUCAAGUAUGCCGACAAUAUCCUCAAGGGCUUUGCCACCUCCUUGUCCAUUGUGCUGUCCACUGUUGCCUCCAUCCGCCUCUUUGGCUUCCACGUGGACCCUUUGUUUGCCCUUGGUGCAGGGCUGGUCAUCGGUGCCGUCUACCUCUACAGCCUGCCCCGAGGUGCAGCCAAAGCCAUAGCUUCCGCGUCUGCCUCCACCUCUGGGCCCUGCACUCACCAGCAGCCUCCGGGGCAGCCACCGCCACCGCAGCUGUCUUCCCACCGUGGAGACGUCAGCACGGAGCCCUUUCUGCCAAAGUCAGUGCUGGUGAAGUGAGGGCUGGCGGUGGCGGUGGGGGGAGACAGGGAGGGACACUGGGUGGAGGGUGUUGGGCAUCUGCAGGACCCAAGUUGCCACCGGGGCCUGGCUCCCAUGGGGUUGGAAGGGUCUUUUCUUCCAGGUUCUCGAGAAUUCUGGAAGCCUGUGGGACUAGGGCAGGGCAUCACGUGAACCCUUCCUUGUAGCCAGGGGUUUUUAGAGCUGCCUCCUCUGUCUCAGUCUAACCUCUUUGGGGACCGGGUUGGGGGUGUUGUUAUUCAAGGCUUUUUUCGUCUGCCCCCCUCAGCCAGAGGCGUCCUGUGUCUCAUGCCUGGGAGAGUCCCUCCCAGCAAUCCCUCCACCUUUGUAGGGACAAAUUGGACAAAAAUCCUACAACUCCUUAGUAAUGACUGAUGCCUAUGUGUGGGGUUCCGAUUCUGAUAGCUUGAGGCCUUCUCUCCUCCCUGACAACCACACUGGAUCAUAUUAGUAGCUCUUUUUGUGGCCUUGGGGCAGCUUCCCUAACACAGGGACUUGAAAAUGGGCCUCUUGUGAGCACCCAGAGAGAGAGGAAGGGGGGCGACAGCUGAGAUUUUUGCAUCAGCCCAUUCAAGGGGAGGGUGCAGUAGGGGCCAUUUGUUUGCGAUUUGGGGGUUUGUGGUGUAAUCAGAUGAAUGAUCCAGGGUGUGGGAAAAAUGGAGAAGGGAGGUCCUUGAAGUGGCCUAAUCUCAUGGAAUCUAAGACACUGUCAGUUGCUGGAUGCAGGGUUUUUUUCUAAGAUACCCUGAGAGGAAAAAUAAAGCUGCCAGCCACACUCAUGAUACCCCACUGGCUGUACGAGGCACCCUUCAUGGGGAGGGGUGUCUUUAAAUUGCUGAAAUGUGGAACCUGCCCCCUGCACUCCCCAAAGCUUAUUGACCCCUUAACUGUCUCCCAGGGUGUAUAUGGGUGUGUGUGUGUGUGUGUGUGUGUGUGUGUGUGUGUGUGCGCGCGCGCAUGCGUGCACGCACAAUGCCUGGGCUGUCUUUGCUAUAUGUACAUAGGGCCGUUGGAUCUUUAUUUUUGAUUAAUUUGUUCUGAUUUUUUGGUUUGUUUUUUUAAGGAACUGUAAUGAACAAAUGUCAGGAUACCC